CCCACAUCAGAACCUUGCAUCCCGAGAUCCACACACGAUGGAACGAUUUGUCAUACUUCUUUUGAUCGUGUUCGCUUCCUAUUUUGCAAGAUGCAGCGAUAUUGUGGACCUGGGAUGCGAGAGCGAUCAGGACUGUGAACCGUUCCGCAGUGCGACGGUAAAUUCCACGUGCGUCCAGGAACGGUGCCGGUGCACUGACCUGUUGCAGGCCGGCAAUGCCACUGAGUGUAAGCCACUGGUUAACCGAGUCUCGAACCAGAUCGGUGGUCAAUGUCCAUGCCAGGUUGCGAAUUCGUUUUGCCACGAGCAAACGGGCCGGUGCGUGUGCAAGGACGGGUUUCUUCCGAGCCGGGUGGAGAAGAAGUGCGUGCACAAAUCGGUACAGCUGGGCGAUGAGUGCGAAAAUAACGAGCAGUGCUCCAACCAUGAUCACUUUGCGGAUUGUGACAGUUCCAAACAGGUUUGCCAGUGUCAGGAACACUUCGUCAUCUACGAGGGUGCUUGCCGUUCGAUAAUAGCCGUAGCAAACCUCUCAAAACCUUGCGAAACGAUUGAUGAUUGUGCGAACGGGACGGCCAACUCGAUCUGCCAUGCCGGCCAAUGCAUCUGUGGUACGGAGUUUGUGGCGGACACAACCAACAGUAGCUGUUUGGCGGUGGCAGACCUCGAUCAACCUUGCAUCGAUUCGAACCAGUGCAUUGCCACGCUCGGGGUCGGCUCGAUCUGCUAUCAGCAGAAGUGCGUCUGCGAUAGCAAUCACUUCCAGUUCCCGCUGCACGUUACCAACGCAACGACCGGCCAGCAACGGAUACAGAAUGUUUGCGAGCGAAAAAUCGUGCACGGAGAUAGUUGUAAUGACGAUCAAAACUGUUACCAAUUCCACGUCGGUCCUCACGAGCAGACGAUGGAAUGUUUUAUGAACGCGUGCGUAUGUCUAAGCGGAUUCGUCGAGAAGAAUAACUUGUGCUACAAAGCCAACUCCGGCAUGAUCGUAGGACCAUCUACCUUUCUGUUGAUCACUGUUUUAACAAGCAUUUUAACCCAUCGGGUGUUGCCUUGA